UUAUUUUUAUGAUUAAAAUUCGAAUUUUGCCAACUAUUUCACAUCAUCUUUACUCUCCCCGCUUUUGCUUGGCGUAGGUUUUAAGUUGCUCCAAUCAUUGACUUUUUCUUUACUCUGAUGUUUCUCUUUCUUUCUUCACCUGCAAAUUCUUCAGCAAAAGAAGUUGGGAUUCAUGAUGAAUCUUUACUCUUGUUUGAUGUUGUUAUCAGCAGGUGUUGGGUAUAAAUGGAAUGUGGGAACACACCAAUCUCUCUUGUAAUCUUGUGAUUAUGCCCACCAUUGAACUGGGUUCUUUUGAUCAUCCGCGGAUGCAUCAGAUUCCAUGGUGGUUUCAGCCAAUUCUGUGAGUUUUUGAAGAAUUGCCAGCUAUGAGUUAUGUCUUCAUUGAACAUAAUUCUUCCCCAGUUUACAGAAACAUAAAUUGCCUUCUGUUCCAAGAACAUUUGCCAAUUGAGCGAUUCAAGAAUUGGGUAUUUUCUUUACUUCCAUUUGACUAUAAACUUGCAUCUUUAAUCAAUCUUGAACACAAGAAUUGACUGUUUGACAAAUUUUCUGAAAAAGGUUCUUUCUGUAAUGGUGAUUCAAGAAUUGGGUAUUUUCUUUACUUUCAUUUGACUAUAAACCUGUCAUCUUCAACCAAUUUAAUGAUUCAAGAAUUGGGUAUUUUCUUACUUUCAUUUGGCUAUAAACUUGUCAUCUUCAACCAAUUGGGUGAUUCAAGAAUUGGGUAUUUUCUUUACAUCCAUUUGACCAAAAAGUUGCCAUCUUCAGUCCAUCUUGAAAACAAGAGUGAUUGUUUUCACAGUUUUUUAGAAAAGGGUUCUAGUUUGUUUAUGCAUCUUAUAACAUAUGUUUGUCGUGUGGUGUGGCAUACAGAAAAAGGAUUCAAAAGCACAAUUCUACACAACAGUUUGUGUUAUGGGUUGGCUAACCAAGAUUCUUAGAGGGUUUAGCUCCAGCAAUAAAAACUCAGGAAAGUACCAUGGGAGGUAUGAAAAUGAAGGCAUCUGGGUGGAUCCCCCAACUACAGUGGACACAUUGUCAGACUUUGAUAGUGAAGAAAUUGAUCGAGCUAUUGCACUUUCACUUUUAGAAGAAGACACAAAAAGUACCAUUUCUGAUGCAGAAGAAGAUGAAGAUGCCGAUGCAGAAAAAGAUGAAGAUGCAGAUGCAGAAAAAGAUGAAGAUGAAGAUACAGAUGCAGAAAAAGAUGAAGAUACAGAUGCAGAUGAAGAUGAAGAUAGAGAUGAAGAUGAAGACGGUUCAAUUUCGUCGGAAGAAGAAGAGAAAAAACCUGCAGUUUCGCCUCAAGAAGAAGAUGAAACAGGAUCAAACUCCACUUCUGAAGAAGAAGAUGAUAAAGGAAAAAAAGUAAUUGAUCAUAAUUCUCAUAUAGAGGAAGAUGAACAGCUUGCCAAGGCUAUUCAAGAAAGUUUGAAUGUGGACUCACCACAGCGAAGUGAUUAUGAUAGCCAAUCGACACCUGUACCUUACUCCUAUGCCAGUGGAUACAGGAUAUGUGUUGGUUGCAGAGCAGAAAUCGGCCAUGGGAGAUUUCUGAGUUGCAUGGGAGGAGUUUGGCAUCCAGAAUGUUUCCGUUGUCAUGCCUGCAAUCGACCAAUAUCUGAUUAUGAGUUCUCCAUGACCGAAAACCGACCAUUCCACAAAUCAUGCUAUAAAGAACGCCAUCAUCCAAAAUGUGACGUUUGCAAAAACUUUAUUCCAACAAAUACAGCUGGUUUGAUCGAGUACAGAGCGCAUCCUUUCUGGCUACAAAAGUACUGCCCGUCACACGAGCAUGAUGGGACUCCAAGAUGUUGCAGUUGUGAACGAAUGGAGGCAAGAGACACGAAAUAUUUGUUACUAGAUGAUGGUCGGAAGCUAUGCUUGGAGUGCCUAGAUUCCGCAAUAAUGGAUACUCAUGAAUGCCAGCCACUGUACCUAGAAAUUCAAGAUUUUUACGAAGGAUUAAACAUGAAAAUCGAGCAACAAGUUCCCUUAUUGUUGGUUGAGAGACAAGCCCUAAAUGAGGCCAUGGAAGGAGAAAAAAACGGUCAUCAUCACAUGCCUGAAACUAGAGGACUUUGCCUAUCAGAAGAACAAACCAUCAGCACAAUAAUAAGGAGGCCGAGGGUGGGGGCAGGGCGGAUAAUGGACAUGUUUACGGAGCCGUAUAAGCUAGUUCGUCGAUGUGAAGUGACCGCUAUUCUGAUCUUGUAUAGUCUCCCUAGGUUACUGACUGGUUCAAUACUGGCUCAUGAGAUGAUGCAUGCAUGGCUCCGGCUUAAAGGAUACUCUAACCUUCCCCCUGAUGUUGAAGAAGGGAUCUGUCAAGUGCUGGCUCACAUGUGGUUGGAUUCUGAGAUCAUGGCUGGUUCUGGUAGCACGAACGUUGCGUCAUCUUCCUCAUCUGCAGCCGCUCCUACCUCAUCAAAGAAAGGGAAAAGGUCCGAUUUUGAGAAGCAACUUGGUGAGUUCUUCAAACACCAGAUCGAGUCAGAUACAUCUGCAGCAUAUGGAGAUGGGUUCAGAGAUGGCAACAAAUCCGUGCUCAAAUACGGUCUCAGAAGCACCCUCGACCAUAUUCGACUUACCGGAAGAUUCCCUUGCUAGUUUAAAGUGCAAAGAAUGUUCAUACAGUGGCAUUACAGAAUUGUUCAUAAACAUAAAUAUGUAUAGGGAAAAAAGAAAGAAUAUAUACAGAGAAAUUAUAUGGGUUGUUUUCUUCAAGACCUCAGUUAUGUUCUCUUUUUGUUGUUUUGGAAACCAGAUUGCUGUUGACUGCUUCCAUAAGUGUGAAGUGGUUGCUUAAUACAUGGCUACAACAGUUUCUU